CUUCCGGCCGGCGGCAGCGGAGGCAGGAUGGUGCUGCUGCACGUCCUGUUCGAGCACGCGGCCGGGUACGCGCUGUUCGCCGUGAGGGAGGUGGAGGAGAUCAGCAUCCUCCUGCCGCAGGUGGAGGAGAGCACGCAGAGCGUGGGCAAGUUCCACAACGUGGUCAAGCUCGUCGCCUUCUCCCCGUUCAAGUCCGCGCAGAGCGCGCUGGAGAACAUGAACGCGGUGUCCGAGGGGCUGCUCCACGAGGACCUGCGCCUGCUGCUGGAGACCUCGAUGCCGGCCAAGAAGAAGAAGGCGCUGCUGGGGGUGGCGGACGCCAAGCUCGGGGCCGCCAUCCUGGAGGAGCUGGGCUACCAGUGCCAGACCGGCGGCGUGGUGGCCGAGCUGCUGCGCGGGAUCCGGCUGCACUUCCACGCGCUGGUGAAGGGGCUCACGGCCCAGUCGGCCUCCAAGGCGCAGCUGGGGCUGGGGCACAGCUACUCCCGCGCCAAGGUGAAGUUCAACGUGAACCGCGUGGACAACAUGAUCAUCCAGUCCAUCAGCCUGCUGGACCAGCUCGACAAGGACAUCAACACCUUCUCCAUGCGCGUGCGUGAGUGGUACGGGUACCACUUCCCGGAGCUCAUCAAGAUCGUUCCCGAGAACUCCCUGUACUGCCGGGUGGCCAAGUUCAUCGGGAACCGGCGGGAGCUGAGCGAGGAGAGCCUGGAGGGGCUGGAGGAGAUCGUCAUGGACGGCGCCAAGGCCCAGGCCAUCCUGGACGCCUCGCGCUCCUCCAUGGGGAUGGACAUCUCCCCCCUGGACCUCAUCAACAUCGAGAGCUUCUCCCGCCGCGUCGUCUCGCUGUCCGAGUACCGCCGGGGGCUGCAGGAGUACCUGCGCUCCAAGAUGAGCCAGGUGGCUCCCAGCCUCUCGGCGCUCAUCGGGGAGGUGGUGGGCGCCCGCCUCAUCUCGCACGCCGGCAGCCUCACGAACCUGGCCAAGUACCCGGCCUCCACCGUGCAGAUCCUGGGCGCCGAGAAGGCGCUGUUCAGGGCACUGAAGACUCGCGGGAACACCCCCAAGUACGGGCUCAUUUUCCACUCGACGUUCAUCGGGCGCGCGGCCGCCAAGAACAAGGGCCGCAUCUCGCGGUACCUGGCCAACAAGUGCACGCUGGCCUCGCGCAUCGACUGCUUCUCAGAGGUCCCCACCAGCGUGUUCGGGGACAAGCUCCGGGAGCAGGUCGAGGAGCGCUUGGCCUUCUACGAGACCGGGGAGCCCCCCCGCAAGAACCUGGACGUGAUGAAGGAGGCCGUGGUGGAGGCAGGUGAGGUGGUGGCCGAGGUGAAGAGGAAGCAGGAGAAGAGGGAGAAGAAGAAGAAGAAGCGGGAGAAGCGGCGCUUGGAGGCGCUGGCGGCGGCGGCACGGGAGGAGCUGGAGGAGAACUCGGUGCCGGAGCCCGAGGAGAACUCCACGGAGCCCAAGAAGAAGAGGAAGAAGAAGCAGGAGGAGGCAGAAUCAGAGCCGGAGCAGAACGGGCUGGAGGAGGAGGAGGAGGCCGAGGCUGUGCCCAAGAAGAAGAGGAAAGUGACAGCCGAGACUGAGCCUGAGGAGGAGGAGAAGAGGAAGAGGAAGAAGAAGAAGAAGGGGGCGCGGGACGAGGAGGACUGAGGCCGCUGGGCCCAGG